CCGCGCAAUGCUCGCGUUGCAACCCGAUUAAUUAAUCAAGUGUUUUCGCGGCGUGACACGUUUCUACCUGAGAUUCUCGUAUAUCUCGUUUGUGCCUCCGUAAUUAACGCGUUGAAUUGUUCCGUAUGAUGCGAUGCGGAAACGGGAAUGCGUGUUAGUGCGAUUGUAACGCGGCAGUCUCAUGACUCGUGUCGAUCGUAUGCAAAUCCAAAUGCAAUCUGGCAGAGCCGGUGACAACGAGUAACGGUCGAGAAACCUUAGGUGAUCCGAGGCGAUCGAAUUUCGAAAUCGACACGACAACAUCGCAUAAUGGCCAUCCAGUUACAGUGUUCGAAUUAACAUUUUAUCACGGUAGAAAGAGAUAUUCGUUACCCAGGGAGAACUUGCGUGUCGUUAAUAUCAAGAUUCAAGAUAUAGGCAUAAAAGUAGAGCAAUUAAGGAUACAAGACAAUAAUCCCUGGCUGGGAAGGAGAAAUAUUUUUAAAUUACCGAGCAGUUCGGCGGCAGUGAUUUGUCAUUGUUUAUCACCGCGCGUCUUUUGCAAGACAUUAAUCACCGAUGAGAAAGGAUUGCAAAGUUAAGCGCAACAUUGAUGCGCCUGUGAAACAAAAGAAACAGACGUAGCCGAGCGGCAUGAUGAAUCCACCGGUAGCCAAUUAAGUCCCAGGAGUGUCGUUAAACUACCACUCGUUAACGCUAAAAUGUCGCUCAGCGAAUAAGCAGGAUGGUUACUCCAAACGAGGAAACGGACGUGAAAAAUGACAAUUACCGUGGAUUGCAACGUUAUCCCGUCAGGAAACUGGCGGCAGCCGCGAGACGACGAAACUGUUACAUAAAAUUUCGCAAAACGUAUGUUUGCGACAGUGAGUUUCUAACGAUUUCGUUGGCACUCGAGCCGUGUGAAACGUUGGAAAAAAAAAAGAAAAAAA